CUAAUAUGUGUAAUAUAAAACAGUAGAAAUAUUGGGGGGUCGGAAAUCGUAUAAAUGAACAGAAGAAUGAUAAAAUUGUUUCCACACGCCAUAGCUAAUAAAAAUCAAUUUUUGAAAUCAAUGUAUUAUGAAGCCUCUGAGAGCAAGAACUGUAACAUGUUAAUUAUUAUAUUGCAGUGACAAGGGCAAUACUUAGUUCUAGCUAAGAGUUCAAGGUAUGUUUGCAGAAUGGUGAAAGAAUGGACCAAUGUAUGCAGAUUUGCAUAAAAACCCAAUGUGAUAUUUCUAACAAUUUGGAAAACAGAGAAAGAUACCUUAAAGAGUGUGUUAUAAUUUGUUAUUAAAUAUAUGAACGUAAAAACUUGGCUUGUUAAGUUAGGCCCUCAAAUACAAUUACUGCGCUGGUUAAACUGAAGCAGCAGAGGCUGUAGUUUCCGAGUCCUGACUCUGGGCGCCGCUGUUGGCCAAAGUGGAGAGCUUGGCCUCCAGCUCUCCUCGCGCAGCCGCAACGCGCUUUCCAGGGCAGCCCCGGUUCAGACUCCCCAGCGCCAGCCUUUGCACCGCUUCCUCCUCGGAAAAAGAAGAAUCUUUUCCUGAACUGGAACUGGAACUAAAGUCCUUUCGGAGAUCCGAAAAUCUGCAAUAAAGAGGUUAUUUGUAACUCGGCGUCUCCAGGCUGGUGAGCAAGCUGAGGAGAGCAAGAGGGAUGGGGAGCGGCGCUGGGGAGCUGGGCCGGGCUGAGAGGCUGCCAAUGUUCUUUCUCUUCCUGCUGCUUUUGUUCUGCCCGGCGCUCUGUGAGCAGAUCCGCUACCGGAUUCCCGAGGAAAUGCCCAAGGGCUCAGUAGUGGGGAACCUCGCCACCGACCUGGGGUUCAGCGUCCAGGAGUUACCGACUCGAAAACUGCGCGUCAGUUCGGAGAAGCCUUACUUCACCGUGAGCACAGAGAGAGGGGAGUUGCUUGUGAGCAGCAGGCUAGACAGGGAGGAGAUAUGCGGGAAGAUUCCAGCUUGUGCUCUGGAAUUUGAGGCUGUUGCUGAAAAUCCACUGAACUUUUAUCACGUGAAUGUGGAGAUCGAGGACAUUAAUGACCACACGCCAACAUUCACGCAAAAUUCCUUUGAGCUGCAAAUAAGUGAGUCUGCACAGCCUGGCACACGAUUUAUAUUAGAAGUAGCAGAAGAUGCAGAUACUGGCUUAAACUCUCUACAGAAGUAUAAACUCUCUCUUAACCCAAGUUUCUCAUUAAUAAUUAAGGAGAAACAAGAUGGUAGUAAAUACCCGGAACUGGCAUUGGAGAAAACCUUAGACCGGGAACAACAGAGUUACCAUCGUUUAGUCCUGACUGCCUUGGACGGUGGAGAUCCACCCCUAAGCGGCACCACUGAGCUCCGUAUCCAGGUAACUGACGCCAAUGAUAAUCCCCCGGUAUUCAGCCGGGAUGUGUACAGAGUCAGCCUUCGGGAAAACGUGCCACCAGGCACCACUGUGCUGCAAGUGUCAGCCACCGACCAAGACGAGGGCAUCAACUCAGAAAUUACUUAUUCCUUCUAUAGAACCGGGCAAAUCUUUGGUCUGAAUUCAAAGAGCGGGGAAAUUACCACUCAAAAGAAACUGGAUUUUGAAGAAACCAAGGAAUAUUCAAUGAUAGUAGAAGGGAGGGAUGGUGGUGGACUGGUUGCACAAUGUACAAUUGAAAUUAAUAUUCAAGAUGAAAAUGACAAUAGCCCAGAAGUUACAUUCCAUUCUCUACUUGAGAUGAUUCUGGAAAACGCGGUGCCUGGAACACUAAUUGCGUUGAUCAAAAUACAUGACCAAGAUUCUGGGGAAAAUGGGGAAGUUAAUUGUCAAUUACAAGGCGAAGUCCCUUUCAAGAUUAUCUCUUCAUCCAAAAAUUCAUAUAAGUUGGUAACAGAUGGAACCCUAGACCGAGAGCAGACCCCGGAGUACAACGUCACCAUCACAGCCACAGACAGGGGCAAGCCGCCCCUCUCCUCCAGCAUAAGCGUCAUCCUGCAUAUCAGCGACGUCAACGACAACGCUCCGGUUUUCCACCAGGCGUCCUACUUAGUCAGUGUAGCCGAAAACAACCCUCCUGGGGCCUCCAUCGCCCAAGUCUGCGCCUCGGACCCGGACUUGGGGUUGAAUGGCCAAGUCUCCUAUUUCAUCAUGGCCAGCGACCUAGAGCCUCUGGCACUAGCCUCUUACGUGUCCGUGAGCGCGCAAAGUGGCGUGGUGUUCGCGCAGCGCGCCUUUGACUACGAGCAGCUGCGCGCCUUCGAACUCACACUGCAGGCCCGCGACCAGGGCUCGCCUGCGCUCAGCGCCAACGUGAGCCUGCGCGUGUUGGUGGGCGACCGCAACGACAAUGAGCCUAGGGUGCUGUACCCCGCGCUGGGUCCCGAUGGCUCUGCGCUCUUCGAUAUGGUGCCGCGCGCUGCAGAGCCCGGCUACCUGGUGACCAAGGUGGUGGCGGUGGACGCAGACUCAGGACACAACGCCUGGCUGUCCUACCACGUGCUGCAGGCUAGCGAGCCCGGGCUCUUCAGCCUGGGGCUGCGCACUGGAGAGGUGCGCACGGCCCGUGCCUUGGGCGACAGGGACGCGGCCCGACAGCGCCUGCUGGUCGCUGUGCGUGAUGGUGGACAGCCGUCACUCUCCGCCACCGUCACGCUGCACUUGGUCUUUGCCGACAGCUUGCAGGACGUGCUGCCGGAUAUCACUGACCGCCCUGUACCCUCUGACCCCCAGGCUGAGCUGCAGUUUUACCUAGUGGUGGCCUUGGCCUUGAUCUCAGUACUCUUCCUCCUGGCCAUGAUUCUGGCCAUUGCCUUGCGCCUGCGACGCUCCUCCAGCCCCGCCGCCUGGAGCUGCUUCCAACCUGGUCUCUGUGUCAAGUCUGGACCUGUGAUUCCCCCCAACUACAGCGAGGGGACUUUGCCUUAUUCCUACAACCUAUGUGUUGCACACACAGGAAAGACGGAGUUUAAUUUCCUAAAAUGUAGUGAGCAAUUGAGUUCAGGACAAGAAAUACUUUGUGGUGAUUCAUCUGGGGCCUUAUUUCCACUUUGUAAUUCCAGUGAGUCGACUUCCCAUCCUGAGUUGAUUUUGGAGAAUUCUCCUCCAGGAAUGGUUGUUGCCCUCUUCAAAACACGGGACCUGGAUUUUGGAGGAAAUGGAGAAGUCAGGUGUAAUAUAGAAACAGACAUUCCAUUCAAGAUUUAUUCUUCUUCCAAUAACUACUACAAGCUGGUGACAGAUGGAGCCCUGGACCGAGAGCAGACACCAGAAUACAAUGUAACCAUCGUAGCCACUGACAGGGGCAAGCCGCCCCUUUCUUCCAGUAGAAGCAUCACCUUGUACGUCACUGACAUCAACGACAACGCCCCAGUUUUCGACCGGACGUCCUACGUGGUUCAUGUGGCCGAGAACAACCCGCCAGGAGCCUCCAUUGCGCAAGUGAGCGCCUCUGACCCGGAUUUGGGGCUCAACGGCCACAUCUCCUACUCUAUCGUGGCAAGUGACCUAGAACCCCUGGCGCUGUCGUCAUACGUGUCCGUGAGCGCGCAGAGCGGGGUAGUGUUCGCGCAGCGCGCCUUUGAUCACGAGCAACUGCGCGCCUUCGAGCUCACGCUGCAGGCCGGCGACCACGGCUCGCCCGCGCUCAGCGCCAACGUGAGCCUGCGCGUGUUGGUGGGAGACCGCAAUGACAACGCACCGCGCGUGCUGUACCCAGCUCUGGGUCCCGACGGCUCCGCGCUCUUCGAUAUGGUGCCUCGCUCUGCAGAGCCCGGCUACCUAGUGACUAAGGUGGUAGCGGUGGACGCUGACUCAGGACACAACGCCUGGCUAUCCUACCACGUGCUGCAGGCCAGCGAGCCCGGGCUCUUCAGCCUGGGGCUCCGCACUGGUGAGGUGCGCAUGGCUCGAGCCUUAGGCGACAGGGACGCAGCCCGCCAGCGCCUGCUGGUCACUGUGCGUGAUGGUGGACAGCCGCCACUCUCUGCCACCGCCACGCUGCAUCUGGUCUUCGCAGACAACUUGCAAGAGAUACUGCCAGACCUCAGAGAGUACGAUCGCCCUGUACUCUCUGACCCCCAGGCUGAGCUACAGUUUUACCUGGUGGUGGCCUUGGCCUUAAUCUCAGUGCUCUUCCUCCUUGCGGUGAUUCUGGCCAUUGCCUUGCGCCUGCGACGCUCUCUCAGCCCUACUGCUUGGGACUGCUUCCGUCCUGGUCUCUGUGUCAAGUCUGGACCUGUAGUUCCCCCCAACUACAGUGAGGGGACUUUGCCUUAUUCUUAUAAUCUGUGCAUCGCACAUACGGGUACAAAAGAGUUUAAUUUCCUAAAAUGUAGUGCACCCAUACAUUCCAAUGAAGACGUGGUUUGCAGUGUUUCUCCUGGAGCCUUAAUUCCACCUUAUGGUGGGAAGGAUUUGACUUCACAUUCUGAGACCCUAACUUCGCAAGCCCCGCCCAACACGGACUGGCGUUUCUCUCAGGCCCAGAGACCCGGCACCAGCGGCUCCCAAAAUGGCGAUGAUACCGGCACCUGGCCCAAUAACCAGUUUGACACAGAGAUGCUGCAAGCCAUGAUCUUGGCCUCCGCCAGUGAAGCCGCUGAUGGGAGCUCCACCCUGGGAGGCGGUGCCGGCACCAUGGGCUUGAGCGCCCGCUACGGACCCCAGUUUACCCUGCAGCAUGUGCCCGACUACCGCCAGAACGUCUACAUCCCAGGCAGCAAUGCCACACUGACCAAUGCAGCUGGCAAGCGGGAUGGCAAGGCCCCAGCAGGUGGCAAUGGCAACAAGAAGAAGUCAGGCAAGAAGGAGAAGAAGUAACAUGGAGGCCAGGCCAAGAGCUACAAGGCAGCCUCCCCCCAACCAGCCCAGCUUCUCCUUACCUGUACCCAGGCCUCAGAGUUUCAGGGCUCACCCCCAGAAUACUGGUAGGGGCCAAGGCCAUGCUCCCCUUGGGAAACAGAAACAAGUGCCCAGUCAACACCCACCCCCUUACCCCCCGGGGGUUGAAUAUGCAAAGGGAGUUCUGCUGGGAACCCCCAUCCAAUCAAUUGCUGUACCCAUGGGGGUAGUGGGGUUAGUGUAGACACCAAGAACCAUUUGCCACACCCCAUUUAGUUAUAGCUGAACUCCUCCAUCUUCCAAAUCAAUCAGGCCCAUCCAUCCCAUGCCUCCCUCUUCCCCACCCAACUCCAACAGUUCCUCUCUCCUGAGUAAGGUGGUUGGGGUGUUGAAGUACCAGGUAACCUACAAGACUCCUAGUUCUGAAGAGUUGGAAGGGUAUCAUGACCUCUUGGCCUCUCCUUUGAUUCUCAAUCUUCCCCCAAAGCAUGGUUUGGUGCCAGCCCCUUCACCUCCUUCCAGAGCCUGAGAUCAAUGCUCAAGUUUUGGAGGACAUGGUCACCAUCCCCAUGGUACUGAUGCUUGCUGGAUUUAGGGAGGGCAUUUUGCUACCAAGGCUCUUCCCAACACCCUGGGGACCAGUCUUCUGUUUUGUUUUUCAUUGUUCCACGUUCCCACUGCAUGCUGUGAUUUCCCCCACCUCCUCCUCAAACAAGAGACUCCACUGCAUGUUCCAAGACAGUAUGGGGUGGUAAGAUAAAGAAGGGAAGUGUGUGGAUGUGGAUGGUGGGGGCAUGGACAAAGCUUGACACAUCAAGUUAUCAAGGCCUUGGAGAAGGUUCUGUAUGUCCUCAGGGGACUGACAACAUCCUCCAAAUUCCAGCCAUAAACCAAGAACUAGGCUGGACCCUUCCCACUACAUAAUAGGGCUCAGCCCAGGCAGCCAGCUUUGGGCUGAGCUACCAGGACCAAUGGGUUAAACUGGCAUUUCAAUCCAAGGAAGCUCAAAGCAGGUUUAGGACCAGGUCCCCUGGAGAGGUCAGAGGGGCCUCUGUGGGUGCUGGGUACUCCAGAGGUGCCACUGGUGGAAGGGUCAGUGGAGCCCCAGCAGGAAGGGCGGGCCAGCCAGGCCAUUCUUGUCCCUGGGUUGGGGAGGCAAGGAGCUAGGGCAGGGACCAAAUGAACAGAAAGUCUCAGCCCAGGAUGGGGCUUCUUCACAGGGCCCCUGCCCUCCUGAAGACUCAGUCCUUCACCUUGCCAGGUGCCAUUUCUAUUCCGUGAAGGCCACUGCCCAGGCCCCCGGUGCGCCCCCUAGUGGCCAUAGCCUGGUUAAAGUUCCCCAGUGCCUCCUUGUGCAUAGACCUUCCUCUCCCACCCCCUUCUGCCCCCGGGUCCCCGGCCAUCCAGCGGGGCUGCCAGAGAACCCCAGACCCGCCCUUACAGUAGUGUAGAGCCCCCUCCCUCUUUCGGCUGGUGUAGAAUAGCCAGUAGUGUAGUACGGUGUGCUUUUACGUGAUGGCGGGUGGGCAGCGGGCGGCGGGCUCCGCGCAGCCGUCUGUCCUUGAUCUGCCCGCGAAGGCCCGUGUUGUGUUUUGUGCUGUGUCCACGCGCUAAGGCGACCCCCUCCCCCGUACUGACUCCUUCUAUAAGCGCUUCUCUUCGCAUAGUCACGUAGCUCCUACCCCACUCUCUUCCUGUGUCUCACGCAAGUUUUAUACUCUAAUAUUUAUAUGGCUUUUUUUCUUCGACAAAAAAAUAAUAAAAAGGUUUCUUCUGAAAGGC